CUAUUUAAUUUCGCUUCCGCUAAAACGCGCACCUGCCAAAUGUGGUCAACUUUCACUAAUUUUAUGGCGAGUUUACGUACUCUAGGUGGUAUUGCAGUCGGUGUUUGGUUUAGCGGAGUGGGAUUGUACGUUGCAAUAAUUGAAAGGCAACAAUACAAAUUUCGGCAUGCUGAGUUUGUGAAGGAGCCUAUACGUGUUUUGAAGGAGUAUCCACAUGUGGAAUACCUUCUUGGAUCAAAUAUCAAACAAUUACGAUUUGACUUUGCUGACAAGUUUACAAGGAAAAAUGAUGACUAUGCACAGGUAGUGAUUCCAGUUGUUGGAACAAAGACUAAAGGGAAAAUGUAUACUUGGUCAUCCAGAAUUGUUAAGGAUGGUGAGAGUGAUAAAACAGAAGAGCAUUGGCGUGUAGACCGGGUGGACCUGAUGUUGCAUGGGAAAGAACCAUUCACAUUCUACAGACAUCCGGAUGCUGAUUAUGUUGACAUUUACAAACUGGAGGAGCAAGAUCUGGAAAGAACGUUUUAAUGUUGACAUUAUUAUAUGUCAGUCAAUGUCAGCAUUAAUGAACCAUUAAUGUCAAGAUAAUACUGAAUUGGUGGAAAUUCACCUGGAAAGAAUUUAUGAAUUUUGACAUUAUUGAAUUAAAGGAUAUGUCAGUCAAUGUCAGCAUUAAUGAACCAUUAAUGUCAAGAUAAUACUGAAUUGGUGGAGAUAGACCUGGAAAGAAUUUAUAAAUGUUGACAUUAAUGAAUUAAAGGAUGUGUCAAUCAAUGUCAAUAUUAAUGAACAGUUAAUGUCAAGAUAAUACUGAAUUGGUGGAAAUAGACCUGGAAAAAAAUUAUGAAUGUUGACAUAUCCAAUUAAAGGAUCUGACAACUCGGCAGUAUAAGAAGACUGAAAUACUGGUAUUACCGGUAAUGUCAAGUUAUUGACAGAUUUGAGGUUAGUACAAAUUGAAGGAUUAUGCAUAUAAGGAGUUUAUCAAUAUCAAAAGUACUGAUUGAGAGGACAUGAUUGUGAUAUGAUGCCAAGAAUAGGAGGAACUUCUGAUUGAGAGGACAUGAUUGUGAUAUGACGCCAAGAAUAGGAGGAACUUCUGAUUGAGAGGACAUGAUUGUGAUAUGACGCCAAGAAUAGGAGGAUUCAUUCUUGCACAACAGUAGUCUGCCAUGUGAGAUCUGUGUUGGAGAGAUUAAAGGAAGAGUGGGCAUGGCAAAGGUAGUCAUAGAGUAGUUAAAUCCCGGAGGACACAGUGAUCAUGUCACAUGUUUCAAGAAAAAAAUGAUCAUGUUGCAUGUUUAAGGAAAAUGUGAUCAUGUGACAUGUUUCAAGAAAAGAGUGAUCAUGUUGCAUGUUUAGGGAAAAAAUGAUAAUGUCACAUGUUUCAAGAAGAGUGUGAUCAUGUUGCAUGUUUAGGGAAAAAGUGAUCAUGUCACAUGUUUCAAAAAAAGAGUGAUCAUGUUGCAUGUUUAGGGAAAAGUGAUCAUGUUACAUGUUUUAGAGGGGAAAAGCGAUCAUGUUGCAUAUUUCAAGGAAAAUGUGAUAAUGCUACAUAUUUGAAGAAGAAAAAUUAUUGUUACAUGUUUCAAGAAAAAAGUGAUUUUGUGACAUAUUUUAAGGCUAAAGUGAUCGUGUUAUGUAUUUUCACUGAAAGAGUGAUUAUGAUGAAUAUUUUAAGGAUAUUAGAAUGUCCAUUUACAAAUUUUUAGCUGAAAGUGAUUUCGCAGUAUAUAUUAUGGAGCAAGCCCAGAAAAGUUCUCAGAUUAAAUCUUGAGAGCUCAAUAGAAACGCAGAAUAUUUUAGAGUUUGGAGAUAUAUCAGUUAGAUCAAAAUGAAUGCCAGAAUUAAGUUUCAGUAUUUAACCAGAAUCUGGUAAUUAUGUCUCCUUCCCCCAUAUUGUUUUUGCCCUGUCCGUCCGUCCGUCACACUUUAUUUCCGGCCAAUAACUGGAGAAUCAUUUGGCCUAGAACCUUCAAACUUAUAGGGUGGUAGGGCUUACGGAGCAGACGACCCCUUUUGUUUUUGGGGUCACUCCAUCAAAGGUCAAGGUCACGGGCCUAACAUGGAAAACCAUUUCUGAUCAAUAACUUGAGAUCCACUUGACACAGAAUGUUAAAACUUUAUAGCAUGAUUGGACAUGCAGAGUAAACGAUCCCUAUUGAUUUUGGGGGUGACUCCAUUAAAGGUCAAGGUCGCAAUGGCCAGAAUAUGGAAAUCCAUUUCCUGUUGGUAACUUGAGAACCAUUUGACCUGGAACCUUUAAACUUCAUAGGGUGAUGGGACUUACAGAGUAAAUGAUCCCUGUUGUUUUGGGGAUCACUCCAUCAAAGGACAUAGGACUUUCGCUCCUAUACCCUAUUGACUUCUUGCCUGUUACAACUAUGCAUUGGGGGAGACAUGCGCUUUUCUACAAAAUUUUCUUCUAGUUUUAUUUCAAUGUUUUCUGUUAUUUCAUGGCUUAUUAAUAUAAAUGAAAACUUGAUUUUUAGCUCUAGUAGAGGUAGAACUAUUGUACUUAUUGGCAUCGGCAUCCAGAUUUGGUUAAGGUUUUGUAUGUAAGCCGUUAUCUCAGUAACCACUUGUAGGAAUGGAAUGAAACUUCUCACACUUAUUCACAGUGAUAGACUGACUUACAUUGCACAGUUUUCAUAACUUUUAUUUUGAUUUUAUACAAAAUUAUGUCACUUUUUCGACUUUGCAAGUUUUGGUUAAGUUUUUGUGUGUAAACUGGUAUCUCUCACUAAUUGAAAUACAUGUAUAUUGAUACUUUACACACUUGUCCACUGUAAUGAGCUGACAUGUGUUGUACAGGUAACAUAGCGCUUUGUUUUGCAAAUUGUGUCCCUUUUUCAACUUUCAUUUGUUGAAUAAUGCUAUUAAUUUAGAUUACACAUAAAAUGAAGUCUGUCAUUUCUUUAAGUUCUAUUUUUAACGAAUGUGAAAAUUACAUGAUGUGAUGGGUGUAUUAACCCUUAUCAUGCUGGACACAAUUUAUUCUGCCUUUGCAACCAGUGUAGAUCAUGAUCAGCCUGCACAUCCAUGCAGUCUGAUCAUGAUCUGCACUGUUUGCCAUUCAGUCAGUAUCUUUUUGGUAAGCACCCCUUUUAACAGUUAAUGGUACUGUCCAUAUUGGAACAUGGAUAAGUUCAUUAUAGAAAUUUAGCAGGGUUAGGGGUAAAAAUCAGCAUCAAGGUGAUCAUCAUUAUAAUUCAUUUUAACAGAAAUAGAUAGUUUCAGUUUACUUUAGUUAGAUGCUAAUAUACAUAAAUGUUAGUCUGCCAGCUUAGCUCAAUAGGGAAAGCGUUGAUCUACAGAUAGCUGGGUUGUGAGUUUGAUCCCCGGGUGGGGUGUAUGUUCUCUUAGGAUUUGAUAAAAGACAUUGUAUAAGAAAUCAUUUGUCCUCCACCUGAUACAUUUGGGGAAAAUGGCAGUUACUUGCAGAGAACAGGUCUGUACUGGUACAGAAUCCAGGAAAACUGGUAAGGUUAACUGCCCGCCAUUACAUGACUGAAAUACAGUUUAAAAAAUGGUGUUAAACCCAAAACAAACAAACAUAAAUGUUAUUAAUAUGAUAAGUAAAUAAUAUCCUUUGCUUGUGAUAUAGCAAUUGGUAAUGAUUCAAGCCUCCAAAGUGUUUUGUCAGCUAACUUUUUUCAGUUCCAUUGCCUUGAAGUAGUACUCGUACCAGAAGCAUGUGCUUUUCAAUGGUCUCUCUUAGCAACAGACUUUCUUUGAAGAACACAUUGUUUUAACUUGAGUAGACUAGUUUGGCAAGAUGCUUAGCUUUUUCAUGUACAUGUAUCAGCUUUACAAUGGAGUUGUUGUGAUUU